AUGGAAGAAGAUUACCCCCGUGAUGGAAUCCCACAGCCACCCGAUAUAGCAAAACGAACACGUUGUUACAAGUUGAAUCUGAACGCCGAGAUUCAUCCGAUUUCUCCUUCUUUCGUCGGGCCAUUCGACGACGUACCUCCACCGCUCACAUUCAGCACCAGUGAUGAUUCCUCUGUUGACGUCACCACCACACAGGUCGCCAUAAGAACGGCAAAAAUCUUCCGGGGAAUUACAGUAGGAAAGGAUGGAACCAUUUUGUCACAGAAUGCUCGGGCUACCCGCAGCAACCGCGGCUCCAAGAAUAAAAAAGGAGAGAAGUCGCGACAAGCUUCCAAAAUCGAAAAGGCGAAAGACCUAGUUGAAGAAUCUAUGUUGACUGGAAAGGCACCAGAUUCUGAUGAGCCCGCAAAUAUGCUCUCCCUUGUUGUAAUGGGCGAGUUUGAUGAUAUGAAACAUCUCGUACGUGAUGGUGCCAAGAAACUUCGAGAUGCGACGGACCUACCUGAGGAUACGCUUUUGAAUACAAACAGCAACCGCGAAGGUAUGAGUUUGAGGAGCCCACGGAAGCGUAUCUCGCCAAAUCAUGUCGGGGGACAUAGAGGUUCAACUCUACAAACACCCAACAAAAUUCGUCCCGUGGGUUUGCCACAGAGUGCGCCCCCUAAGGCCAAAGUUGGUAUCAGAGAUCGUCCAAAGUAUGCUGAUGACGAUAAUCGAUUUCGAGGUUCUUCUGGCUACCACGAUGCCUCUGGAUCUUCUCGCGAGGUUGCGCCGAACCAUGGCGAAGGAGAUUGGAGCAACACAUUGAGUUUCUCCCGAGGCUUCCACUCGAUUUGGAACUGUGGUGGGGUUACAGGGGAUGAUAGCGGAACUACAAGUAUUGUACAAGUUUCCAACCGGAGGGAGAGCAAAGCUCACUCGAUGGGAGGCGCUGCAGCUGCCAGUCCCACGAACCGAGGUGUUUUUGAAGGAAGAGAUUCCAACAUGGGUCAGGUUCGGGAAUCUGGCAUUGUUUCUCGGGCAGACUAA